GCGAGGAAGGUGUUGGCAAGCCCUUUCAACUUUGCGCCGUUCUACCUCCACGAGUAUGUGAAGGAAGGCGAGGAGCCUCCGAGACGGCUCAUUUACAUCGAUACGGACACCGUGAUCAUGGGAGACCUGGGUGAGCUGCAGGACAUCGACCUCCAAGGACAUUCGUGUGCUGCGGUGAAGUACUGUUUGCAAAGACUCGACACCUAUGUGGAUUUUGAGGUCCUGCGUGAAUUGGGCUUUACUGACUUCGACCCGCAG